CUCCUCUUAACCACAAUCAUCUAACUUGGUAGAAAAUUCUAACAGAAUUGCUCAGUGACCAAUGACGCCACUCCCCCAAGAACUUUUCGAUGCUAUCGUCGACCAAACGCAAGCCGGACCUGGGAACCAACCAUUUGUUCAGAGAAGCAGGAAGCACCUGUUCCAUAGUCUGUCCUUUUCGACAGCCGAACGACUCAGCGAUUUCCAUCAAAUCUGUCAAACCUCGCUCGUCAAUAUUCCAGCUUUGGUCAAACUUCUUUGCAUCGACAACGAAAGCAUGGUGGGUCUACGUUGCGACGAGAUACUCUCUGCCGUCAUUUCGUCCUUGAAGAAUAUGAAGGGUAUCCAUUUACGCUGGUUCGAUUGGGACCAUCUCAAUCCAGCCGCUCUACAUGCGUUGGGCGCCCACACGUUCCAGUCUAUCAGCUUCGACACUUGUACAUUCGAAGAUCCUGUACUGUUGUGUACCUUUAUCUCAGGAUCGGCUACUACCCUUUGCCGACUCUCCUUUGCCAGAAGUAAGAUCUUCACACAGGAUUAUACGUCGUUUGCCGGGCCCAAGGCCGGUUAUUGGACACCUAACGCUUUUCAGACAAGGAAAGAUGUCAGUUGAUAUGACUUUGCUGCUGUUGGGAAGUUUCUUCCUUGUCGGUUUCAAUUCUCUCCGGAUUUCGGAUAUUUGUAUUUAUACGCAGCAACACUUCAAUUCUCUACAGGAGUUCUUGGCUAGUGCUACGACUCCUCUUGAAGAACUCAUAGUUUACCAUGUCGAAGAAUACUUCCGAGGCCCCAUCGAUAGCAAGUGGCUGGAUAUAUCUCUCAUACUAGACAAUGUCCGCUCCCUCACUCUCACCUUCGACGACUGCAUCCGGUCUAAGUACUCCGACGAGGUCUUUUUCAAGGGCUGGACGCGGAACAUAAAGUGUUGCGGACAUAACAACAAACUACGGCAUGUCACCUUGCGUGGGAGACCCUACUUCAUAUUGGGAUUCCAUACGUUUGACAUGGACGAGUUAUGGGAUAGUCUUGGGACGGCGUUGAACGAGGCUGAAGUUGAGACCAUGGUGGAGGUGCAUCCGACAUUUGCCCAAGAAGAGACAUCAGAUGGGAUCAACGCAAGAGGUUCCAUCCUUCGUAAGCUAUCGCGGAGUGUCUGCGGGGGUGUCAAUGCCAGGACUUGCAUUGUUAAUCCUGAGGCACUCGAGUAUGACUUGUAUGAUUCGCUGGGCCCGUUCUAGUCCUACAAUUAAUGUUCAAUGCGAACAAACAGUGCGCGUCGGUGUAACAGUACUUAUGGUCAAUCACCCAGCCAAGAAAUCACGAUUGAGUAUUUAUAUCUGGAGUAGAUUUUAUUCUCAGUCUUUUACAUGAUUCUACUUCGAACCGUCCGAGUCGUUAGUCUUUUCCACCCUGUAUUGAGAUGCAAUCAUACC